AUGGGAAGGGUGGCGGCCAGUGUUUUCUUUUUCUAGCUUGUUAGUAGAGUGCUCUCGGGUUCUCCCUCCCUCCUUCGCUCUCAAUCUUUAUGCUGCGCUCUCAGCUCUCCGCGCUCACAGCAUCUCUACAUCGCUCUGAAAGCCAAGUGUGCGCUCCGCGCCGUGCCCAUGCCUCCUCAUCCUGCCUUUACGCACGGGAGAAGACUUUAAAAAGGAGGAUACCUGCGCGUUUUUUAGGAUACAGAAGCAUCGUGUGACUUUUCCCCCCACGUGGCGGUGGAGAUUUACAUGCGUUACAGGCUGUUUGAGAUGGUGAAGGAAGUAUUUUCUAAACUAACACCGGGUAGAGAGAGAUAGGCCUGGGGAAGCCUGAGAAACUUUCUAAGGAGACUUAAAUAAGCAAACAUCAGCACAAAAAAAGUUAAGAGGGAGAAGGAAAAGAGCUGUUUGGGCCCAGCCCAAGCAGGUUCAUUAACAUUAACAACAAAGCCAAUAGGUUGUUGUUUUUUUUCUUAAGGGGCUCCCUCACCAACCAGCAAGAUUUCGCCCAAAAGCAGACAGGAGGAGCGUCCCGCGCUGACGAGACUGGUCGGCAGGAAGCGGUUGAUCGCGGCCGGGGUGCUCGGAGUGGUCAUGGUGCUCGUGCUGGUCGUGCUCAUCCCGGUGCUGGUGAACUCGGCCGGCACUUCGGCACAUUACGAGAUGCUCGGCACGUGCAGGAUGGUGUGCGAUCCGUACGGCACCAAAUCCCCGAGCAGCACGGCCACGGCAGACACGGCGGCGCGCGACACCGGUCUCGUGCAGUCAUUGCCCACCUUUAUCCAAGGGCCAAAAGGAGAGCCGGGACGGCCCGGGAAGACGGGACCGCGGGGCCCGCCUGGAGAGCCGGGUCCACCAGGACCCGCAGGCCCGCCUGGAGAGCGUGGAGACCCGGGACGGCCAGGUUUACCAGGACCACCGGGGCCGAACAGCGCUGGCGCAAUCAGUGCUGCUACAUACAGCACCGUGCCAAAAAUCGCCUUUUACGCGGGCCUUAAGAAGCAGCAUGAGGGCUACGAGGUGCUUAAGUUCGACGACGUGGUCACUAAUCUGGGGAAUCACUAUGACCCGACCACAGGGAAGUUUACCUGCUCAAUACCGGGGAUCUAUUUCUUUACCUACCAUGUGCUGAUGCGGGGUGGAGACGGUACCAGCAUGUGGGCAGACCUCUGCAAAAAUACCCAGGUUCGUGCAAGCGCCAUUGCACAGGAUGCAGACCAGAAUUACGACUAUGCCAGUAACAGCGCAGUUCUGCACCUAGAGCCUGGGGAUGAAGUGUACAUCAAACUGGAUGGCGGCAAAGCACAUGGAGGCAACAACAACAAAUAUAGCACCUUCUCUGGCUUUAUCAUCUACGCUGAUUAAGACACAAGCUUUGCUUCUCUUCCCAGGCUUUUUCAACCCACGUCCUCCUUUUCACAUUCAGUUUUCCUUUUCAACCUCAAGUCUCUCCUCCAGUGUCUGGUGACACACACCCUCAUCUAUGCCAUUCACCUUAAACAUGUUAGUCUAACAUUGUGUGGGCAGGAUGGUCCAUGUCUCCAUCUAAUUAAAAAGUCACACACUUGAAGGACAAGCGAUAUAAUCACUGAGAAGAACACUGAAGAACAAAUCAUCACUCGUCAAUCGCCAAAGCAGUUAUUUGUACUGUAAGUUGUUGCUUCUGUAGUUAACAACGAAGUCUCUCUGUAAGAUGCAUUGUAAUUAUGGAAAUUAAAUCACUACUAUGUGCAAUAAUGUUCACAAAAAUUAGGCUUCAAAUAUUCAUUGGUAAUCGCUGGUAGGCCUAAUAAAGUUCAUAUGCCUCCUUAAAUCCACGUUAAAUCAUUGUUCAUUGCCGUGCCCCAUUCAGAAGGCAGCUGCCUUAGUAGAUAACCUAGAUUUAUCUUCUCUCUGUGUGUUAGGCAGCAUUUUAACCGAAAAGUUUUAUUAUGUACUGCAUUUUGGGCUCCCAUCAAAUGUUGUGUGUGCAUAAUAUUUGCUUAAUCCUAAUGGACUCUUUCCACAGAGCCCCAUGUUUUACGUAUGGUUUAGUGGGGUGAACCUAACAAAUGGCACAAUGACGAGUUUACCUUAUUUAGAAACAUACACAAAUAUGCAAAGAGUUACACACAACGUUAUUGCACUGGCACAAACCCCUCAAAGUGUGUAAUGGUGAAAUCUGGCUAUAAGCAAGAUAUGUAAUAUGUAGCAUAUGUUCAGGAAGCAGAGGACACCCAUAGUCAUGAUUAGGUGAUUCCUUAUGCUAUACUGUUUCAUGUUUCUUUUGUAUGUAUUUGUAUCGGUAUACAUAUUUGCAUUACUUUAUAUUUAUAAAUCAUAUGGCAUUUACAGUAUGCUCCUUUUUUUUUUUUUUUUUACACACAUCUGUUUUUGUGUCAUCUUACUGUGUUACACGCAUGUCCUUGCACGUAUUCAACUUUAAACAUAUUGUGCACUGUCCAUUACACUUGUUUCUUUGUACAUUCCUUUAUAUUGCAAUUGGUCAUAUUCCUGGCUGCCUUUGUGUGUGUGUGUGUGUGUGUGUGUGUGUGUGUGUGUGUGUGUGUGUGUGUGUGUAUAGCUUUCACAUGUAGCUUCUCUGGCUACUCAGAAAAGUAUGAAGGAUGGCAAUCUGUCAUAAUCCAUCUCUUCCGUAUAUGGUCAUCUUGUUUUUUUUUUGCUGUUUAAGUUUCAUUUACAUUAUACUAACACUAUUUUUAUAGUAUACCACUUUAGGUUAAUACGCUUGCUUUGCAUUUCCCUGGUUUUGCUCACUUAAAUAUUCUAAACACAAACUUAUUGCUGGAUGGUGCAAUGGUUAAAAGCUCUGGGUUACUAACCUGAAGGUCAGGAUUCAAGCUUUAGCAGUGCCAAGCUGCCACUGUUGGACCCAUGAGCAAGGCCCUAAGAAUCUCUGCUCCAGCAGUGCUAUAUCAUGGCUGACCCUGCUCUCUGACCCCAGCUUUGUGACAUGCUCAGAUAUGUCAAGAAAUGUAACAAUAGAGGUUUUUUUGUGUGGAAUUGUGGAAAGGGCCCAUUGUGCCUCGUUUAACCUGCUGCCUAUAGUUAACAGUCGCACUAAUGCUAGCUAGCAAGCACUAGUCCAAUUACCACAACUCUCAAUAUUUAAUUAAUUUGGUUAAGCAGUGGCAAGCUGUUUAUCAAAUCCUAUCUGGGAUAAGAAAAUAGUCAGGGGAAUCCAGCAAACAGAAGUCCAUCCAUCCAUAUCCUCGAUAUCCCUCCUAAAGCACCUGACUGUACCUCAAGUAAUGAUGCAGUCUUCCAUACUGUUUAAUUGUCUACUCGAUUGACAAGCCCUGCAUGCACACCUAUAUUCUUAGUCUUGACAGUCUGUCACGGUUGUUGUUUCUAGUUAUAAGCUAAGCUAUGGUUGGUCAGGGAAGGUUUAGGGUCAGGUUGAUUUGCAAAUAUCUCAAGCAUUCAUGGAAACUUAGUCUGGCAACUAGAAACAUUUUUGUAUUAAAAGAGCUGAUUAUGAAACGUUGCUGCUCUGAAUCUCUGCUGCUGCCUUUAAAUCUGGCCAAACAGUUUGUACCUGUUUAUGCUGCCUUCCAAAUGGGACAGUCUUUACCUUGGAUGAGCAAAAAUGCUGCCCCAAAAGAUUUCUACCUAAGCAGCUGCCUCCUGCUUUUACAUGAAUGAUGUAAAACAAUAUCUUUACCAAAAACUUGAAUAACCCACUUGGUUUCUGUUGUAGGACAUGUCUUGUGAGAAAGAUUGAUGAACUGCUCUGUAUUAGCAGUAAAAACGUGUAGGUAAAUAAUCUUAUUGUAAGCCUGUGGUACAUUAGCUGCAGUAUAUUGGUUAAAGGUCCAGUGUCAUGUCAUAAUCCUGGUGCAGUGUGGUACAUUUGCUUGCUUGUUGCUGACUGAUUCAUACCAUAUCUGCUGUGUAACACCUAAACCUUUUAACAUGCUGAGAAAUUCUGCUAAUGACACACUGAGUGAUUGCUGGAUGUAGUUAAUGCAAUGAUCUGGCCAGGUAAACAGGUAUUUUAUGGUAGGCUAACUACAGUACAGCAUGACUUUCAAUGUAUUUUUCACAGCAGACUCGUCUAUGAUUUCAAUAUCGCUAGUUUUUGUUUUAUAUGCUAUAUCGACUAAAUUCAGUAUAUGUCUUAGAUCUUGGAUCGUCCAGUGAAAUGAAAAUUUGAAAGAAAUGUGUCUGUUUUCACACAGACAUGUUGAACAAAUGAAGACUGCUUUGUGAUGUUGAAAGCACUAUGCAGAAACUGUGUUGAUAUGUAAAUGUGUAUCUAUCUAAGAGAAUCAGCAAAACACGACUACUAAUAUUGCUACUUAUUUUCUAUGUACAUAUUGUAGUGAUUUAUUUUUUCCCCCUCUAAAUAUACAAAUAGCUGGAAAGCACAUGAGAGUGUCAGUGUUUUGGAAUUGUUGCACUAGAAUAAUUGUAUGCAUAUCUCACAGGACCUGAGAGUUUUGGACUCAGAAUGCACUUCAUCUGUACACCAUUUACAUACAUGUUUUCAUUAAAUGGAGGUUUGAUCUGAUAUGGUCAUUCUUCUGAUUUAUGUUAUCUCUAGAUUGUCAGUUAUUUUGCAAAUAGAUUGUUUCAAACCCUGAACAAAUAAGAAUCUACUUGUCAAUUCUGUGAUUAAAGAUAUCCAAACAUAUCUUAAAAUCACAGAAUUGGAGCAUAAACAUAAGCAUUAUUAAAAGUGAUGUCAUUCAAAAGUUUUUUAUUCCUAAAACAAAACUCCCCAUUAAAUUACUGAUUUAAUUAAAUUAGCACCCAUUAGGAAUGUCUACCUAUUUUUAAAAUGGUAAAUGGUAUAUGGUACUACAUAAAGUGAAUGGGUCAUGCAGUCACCUGGAUUUACAUCAUAGUCCCUUUUAUGUAUGGAUUUGAGUUCACAACUUUUGUGACAAUUGUGACACAUUGAGAAGGUCUCACAGUUUGAUAAAUUGAACUAUCGUCUACAAACAAAAGCUUGCAAAACACAGUAUACACAUUUUUUUAAAUUUUAAGGUGAAAGUAUGAUUCUGGCCAUCUCAUUCUGAGAGUCAUAGUGGAAAAUAGAUCAAGCCACACACACACACACACACACACACACACACACACACACACACACACACACACACACACACACGCACGCACUGUUUGUUUUGUUUCACAGUCUCUAAUAAACCCACUGAGGUGUUUAGGAUUUAGAAGUACUCCACACUGCCCAAUGUCAUUUCUGUUCAACUUCACAUAAAUCCUGUGAAGAAAUGAAGAAAGAAGAAGCUGAUGAAGGGUGGGUUAGGGACUGGGAGCAGAGCAUAUGGGACACAGCAACAGAUUGACACCUUACACAAAAUCCAAAUGGCAAAUGUUUUUUUAUUUUUUUUUAUUUCAACCAAGUCUAAAGAAUCAUUUUUUUAAGCGGACAGAAACAGAUGACACACAUGAGGAUUGUGCAUAUUGAUGUAUUAUACUUACUUUAAAAUCUCAAAGCUUUAUAUAUUUUUGUUGCACAAUUAAAGAUUGUUGUUGUGGUCAAAAUUUCCUCU